UUUUCUCCCCCCCCUCCUUACACCAAAUUGAAAGAAUCGUCUUUUACUCUUUCAACAUAUCAAUUGGUCUCCUCAAGUCUUCAAAAUGGCCGUUGGAACUGUCCUGAUCACUGGUGGUACCGGAUACAUCGGAUCCUUCACCACACUCGCCCUCCUCGAACAUGGCUACGAAGUUAUUAUCGUAGACAACCUAUACAACUCCUCCGAAGUCGCUCUUGACCGCAUCGAACUAAUCUCGGGCAAGAGACCGACCUUUUACAAGGUCGACCUUACUGAUGAGGCCGGUCUCGACAAAGUUUUCGCUGCGCACCCUAAUGUUGAUAGCGUCAUCCACUUUGCUGCGCUCAAGGCCGUCGGUGAAUCCGCCGAGAUCCCCAUUGAAUACUACCGUGUGAACGUAGGAGGUACCAUCUGCCUCUUAAGUUCCAUGAAGAAGCAUGAUGUUACCAAUAUCGUCUUUUCCUCCUCGGCCACGGUUUACGGCGAUGCUACUCGUUUCGAGAACAUGAUUCCAAUCCCCGAACAUUGCCCCAUUGGGCCCACCAACACAUACGGCCGAACCAAGGCUAUAGUAGAAAACAUAAUCGAGGACUUCAUCAGCGCGCAGCGCGCGAACCUGAAAAAAGCCGACAAGCCUUUUGAACAGUGGAACGGCGCCAAUCUACGAUACUUUAACCCGUGUGGAGCACACCCCACUGGUAUCAUGGGCGAGGAUCCCCAAGGGGUUCCUUACAACCUACUGCCAUUGCUAGGUAAAGUUGCGACCGGCGACAGACCAAAGCUUCUGGUAUUUGGUGACGAUUACCCCUCUCGAGAUGGAACAGCCAUUCGUGAUUACAUCCACGUCGUCGAUCUUGCGAGAGGCCAUCUUGUUGCUCUGAACUACCUACGGGAACACAAGCCGGGUGUUAAGGCAUGGAACCUCGGCUCUGGUAGAGGAAGUACUGUUUUCGAGAUAAUCAAUGCAUUCAGCAAGGUUGUCGGCCGGGAUUUACCUUAUGAGGUGGUUCCAAGAAGACAGGGUGACGUGCUAGAUCUAACAGCCAACCCAACGCGAGCGAAUCAAGAGCUACAGUGGAAGACAGAGCUUACCAUGGAGAAGGCAUGCGAGGAUCUCUGGCGGUGGGUAUCAAACAACCCCAAGGGGUAUCGACAAGAUCCCCCAGCUGAGUUGCUGGCCGCUGUCAAGGGUAAGAGCUCUUGAGAAUUCUGAUUAAGUACCUAGGUAGGUAUUUACCUUUGAGAUGGUGUGCUAGUCAGAUUUGAACAAGGAGUUCACCUACUUGACCGGCAUAAUGUGUUGUUUGCACAUUAAUUCAUAGAAUAGACGAAAAAAUCCAUCCUGAUCUCCAAUUUCAAGUUCACCUCUACCUUUAAUCAUCUUCGAUAGAUACAUCACGAAAUGGUCACCCUACGGUAUUAAUCGACUACCUAGCAGCCUAGGUAAUAUUCUCCAGGGUUACCUUGCCUAGAGCUAAGCCCCUGCUUGGUAAUAGGGUUGAAUUGUCAUCGA